AUGAACACCGUCUUGUCAAGAAUGCAAGACUUACAAGAAGCUCGAGUUUCUGGCUGUGUAGCUGCUUCUGAUGCUUAUCAAUUUAUUAAACAAAGGAGGACAAAAGAAGUUGAACAAGGUGGCCAGAUUGGAACAAGUGGUAAGACUUUACAGAGGCCAAAAUUUCCCAAAGUAGAGCUUGGUAGUAGCCCAUACGAUGCCAAGGAUACGCCGACGACCAUACAAGCUAUCACAAUAACCAUCGAAGAAUGGGAUAUCAGUGAUUUUGAAGGGGUUGAAUUAUCAUCUGAAUCUGAGAUAAAGCCUUGUAAUGAGAUCAGAUUGCUACCGCCGCACCUCCAAGGACCUACAAUCAACAAUAAAGGUGCAACCUUAAUUAGAAAUCACAAGCAGCAGUUUUUUUAA